UUUUGCGCAUGCGCAUUAUUGCUUAGGCAGUAUGGUUUAGUGAUGGACACGGCAGUUCUUUUAAGAGUACUGAUUGGUUUAAAAUCUUUGGCUAGCCUAGCUUGAAGAAACGUCUUUUGCCCCCUUUUUUUUACCCACGAAAUCUGGCGCAUUUUAAAAGCACGAGGUUUUUUUUGUUUUUUUUUUGCAAUUUUGUGUUGCUAACAAUGCUAAACACUUCCGCGUUCUGUGUCGCUGUCGGGCGAACGUGGCGCAAAGUGUCACAGUCAGUCACUUCGGCUAAAUGUUGUUUGUCAAACAAUGGCUACUCGCGGUCACGUUUCGACCGUGGAAGGAGAUGUUGUCGCUGCUGUCCGGUUGCUAACGGGACGCGUGAGUCCAGUUCUCAACCACACAACUCGAAGGUGCCCGCAGCUGCAACCUGGGAGCCGAUAACAGAGGACCAGCUGCCACCGCCGACGCGUGUAGCACCCGACCUGGUGGACAAACUUGAGCGCCUGGCCUUGGUGGACUUCCGCACCAAAGAGGGCGUGGCCUGUUUGGAGAAGGCCAUCAGAUUUGCAGAUCAGCUUCAUGUUGUUGACACCACAGGAGUGGAGCCGAUGGAUUCGGUUCUGGAGGACAGGGUUUUAUAUUUGAGGGAUGACACGGUGAUGGAAGGCAACCAUGCAGAAGAACUUCUGGAGCUCUCCAAAAACACAGUGGAGGAAUAUUAUGUGGCACCACCUGGAAAUAUUCCAUUACCAAAGCGGGAAGAGCGGGCUGCCAUGUUGAAACACUCUGAAUUCUGACAUCUUGGAACAUGUUUUUCAUAUUGAGGACUAAUUUCAUCAUUUGCUUUGAUUGUUUAUCAGUACAUCUACCGGGUGAUUGAAAGGUAACUCCCUAUUUUUAAGUACUUGUAAUUUAUUAUCAGGCAUAAGCCAGCAGUUUCUCAAGCCGCUUGGGGACCGCAUUAACUGAUUUCACAAGGAACUCUUGUGGGAUGGAAGACAUAACUUCUCGUAUUCGCCCUUCAAGUUCUUCCAAAGUCGUUGGUUUGGUAGAAUAGACUCGAUCCUUUAAUCAUGGAACAUGCACAAAAAAUUGAGAAAAAUAUUACAACAUAUGAAUAAAUUCUAAGUACAGUGUUCCCUCGCCACGUCGCGCUUCACGUUUUGCGGCCUCAGUGCUUUGCAGGUUUUUCCUAAAUAUUCAUAAAAAAAUAAUUUCAUCAAAAAGUAAAAAAUAAAAAAAUACAGCAAUAUCGGCAGCCAUCUUGUGGAAAGACACGUUGUUUCAUGUUGAUGCACGAGAGAGAAGGUGUUCCCCUGCAUACCAAACAAAGAUGAGUUGACUCAAGAGGCUUUGUACAUGCCACGGGCACUCAUACAAGGCGCGUCAUCGACCAAUGAGAGCACGAGUGGAUUUCUCCCGUGAGCUGAUUGGCUGCGCAUCAUUCGCAGCCUCACGCAGCAUCUUCCCUUGCCUCGCCAGUCUCGUCCACGCUGUUGACUGUCUCGCAUACUGUAUCUUGGUGUUGUGUUCGCGAUAACUUUUGUGGAUUAGUUAAGCCCUUACAAUGCCGCCUAAGCGCUGUGCCCCUGCGAAAGCUUCCUCCGGGGCGCCCAAGAGGAAGAUGAUGAUGAUGACCCUCUGCGAAAAAGUGAAACUUUUAAAUAUGAUCAAAGAGGGCAGAAGUUAUGCAUGUGUGGCAAACAACAACUACCCAUUACCAUGUUUUUCUCCAAGGUAAAACCCCAGCUACACCAUCAGUGCCUCCAGCAGAAGAGUCUCCGAGUGAACCUAAAGCCUCUACGAGUCAAGUGAGAGCCUCUCCUCCGCAAGCAUCGUCGCCUCUCUCAGAAGGCAAUGUUGAUGAAUGUUAAUUACUGUAUAAGGUUUUAUAAUUCAAAAAUUUAAGUAAACACGUGUACUGUUGUAAUCUUUGUCUCAAAUGUGUAAAUAGUGUUUACGUAUUUUAAACAUUCUGGUACCCACACACAUGAAAAUUCCUAGGGGGGGGGGGGGGGGGUCUGUUCCCCAUUAACCGCGAAAAACGAGGGCUAAUGUAUUUUAAAAUGGGGAGUUACUUUUCAAUCACCCUGUAUAUUUAGAGUUGCUCACAGCUAAUAUGACAAACUGCUUGUCAUGUGUUGUUAUUUUUCAAUUUGAUGCAAAACAUUUAAUAAGUUCUUUGUCACUUCUUGAUACAGAAGUGCAAAUAGUAGUUGCAUUAAAUGUCAUGUAUCCAUUCUGGUAAUGUUCUUUUUUUGGGGGGGAAAUUAUGUUUUAAAAUGUCUACAAAUUAUGUUUUAUAAUUUUAAACUUUUAGAAAUGUUUCCAUAUUAAAGAUGUCGACACCCUGUGAUGUUUGAUCGUCGCAAUUAGCUAAAAUCACCUUUUGUAGAGGUAUAAUACAGUCAUUAUUUUUUUACUUAACCUUUUAUCUACAUUAAAUAAUUAGACAAUUUGAUGUGCAUUUAUAUUAACUGGUUCAUUCAUUGUAAUUAAAU